UAUGCUUGCAUAAAUUUACUACCAGAAGCAAGUUGAAGCGCUGUUUCAGUGAAGGACUGCGUGGAGGGGGCGUUUGUAUUCGGUGCAACACCACGCCCACUUUAACACCAACAGCGACCACCGGGGCCAAUUACAAGUAGCUGUCGCUUAUCUAGCUUUCAUCGAGGUAAUUUCCUAAAGCCAAUUCAGCGAGAGGGUUGUGGCGGCGUCGGCCCCGAAUUCAGGUCGCAGAGUCACGAGCUCGACGUAAAUUCAGCUGCUGCUUGUUGAAACCACCAUAAGGUUUGUGCUCCUGCCAAUCCAUUGUGUCGACGCUGACCAGCGGCGAACAUGGCGAGGCCUGUGGAGCUGAGCCGCUCGCGAGGCACUGGCUUAGGUCCUCGCGAAGGGCGGCGCCUGACGUUCGGCAUCAGUACACAAUCACAGUCCUCGCGCGCUACCCUGCUGGCGUGCCCAGUUGCGGCGCCGCAGCGCUCCGGGCCCAGCUCGGCGACUGAGCUGUCCGUGGUGGGCAGCGGCAGCGAUGCCGGCGUUGACGUUCAGCAGCAGCUGGCCUCGCUCAUAUCCGCCGACGCCUCCGCCGCCCGCCGCGGUCGUGUGGACGUUCCGUCGCCGCCCAGCACGUCCGGCCGCUCUGCGGUCGCCGCCGCAAGCAGCGGCGGCAGCAGUGGCCGCGACCGGCCCAGCGCCCGCGACCGGCCGUCUGCCCGCCGCGGCGGCAGCGGCAGCGGUCGCCGUACGGGUACCGGCGCUGGCGGCAGCGCCAGCGGGGCCGGGGCUCGUCGCGGCCUGGCCUCUGGGGGUCCUCAGGCCGGGUCUCCCGCAGCCUCCUUCUACGGCGAAUACGUGGACGGCGCCGCCACCAAACUGGUGGUGGCGAGGGUGUGGGAGCGCAUCAUGGCCGAGACACGCCAGCAGCAGGGGCAGCAGCAGCAGCAGCAGGGCCCGACGACUGUGGGUCAGGUGGGGCAGCAGCCGACCGCCGCCUGGCAGGAGGAGGAGGAGGUGGUAGACGAGGUGGAGGUGGAGGAAGCAGGCAAGCAGCAGCGGCCGGCCCUGUCCGGAGACGCACUGCGGCGGCACCAGCUGCCCCCGCCCCCACCACCACCGCCACUCCCGGAGCCGAGGCAGCGCGGCCCCGCACACAGCAGCAGCAGCAGCAGCACGGGCCGGAGUGCCCUGCCCACCACCGCUCUGCGGCCUGCGGCCGCAGACACGGCGGCCGCCGCUGACGCCGCCGCCCAGGCCGCCGCCGGCGCGGGCGCGUGGAGUGUCAGCGCGCGGGCUCCGCAACAGCAUCAGCCGCCGCCGCUGGUGCCCCGCGCCGGCGCGGCCCUGGGGGCUGCGCCGUCAUCAGCCCGGCGCGUGUCUUUGUACCUGGGUCCCCAGUACGAACUGGAGCUGCCGACCGGCCCCGCCCCCGGCAGUAGCAGCAGCGGCAGUAGCAGCAACCGCACCGGCAGUAGCAGCAGCGGCGGCUCCGCCGCCUUCACGCUGCUGUAUGACAUCAUGGGCAGCGGCGCCGCGGCGGCGGCGGCGGCACUGGAGGCGGAGGCGGCCGGGCUUCCAUCUGGGUCGGCGGCGGCGGGCGGGCCGGAGGGAGACGUGGACGACUGGCUGGAGGGGCCGGGGCCGGCGUGGGAGCUGAGUGAGGAGGAGCUGAGGGCGGACAUGGAACUGGAGGGAGACACGGCGGCGGCGGCGGCACGUGGCCGGCAGGGCCGCCGGCGGCAGGGCUGGGCGCCCCGUGUGCGCACGGUGCGCAGUGCCCACCUGGCCUCUCCGCUGCAGGUGCGGGUGGUGGGGGCGCCGGAGGAGGAGGAGGCAGAGCUGGAGCUGGAGGAGGAGGGGGACGCGGGCGGGCGCAGCAGGAGCGGGCGCGGGCGCGGGCAGCAGCGGCGCGACCGGUCUGCCGCCGCCAGCACGGCCGCUGGCGCCGCCGGCGCAGCUUAUUCCAAAGACCCAUCUCCGCACGACCACCCGCAGCCACACCCGCACGAGGCGCAGGCUCAGGCGCAGGCGCAGCACGCGGCGGCGGCUCAGCGGCAGCUGGCGCGGCAGCGGGACCUUGUGGAGGCGCUGGUGGGGCGGCGGGACGACGCCGAGGUGGCGGAGCGCAUACGGCUGCUGGCGUCGGUCAACCGCAGCGGCGUGACGGCGGUCAACGCCGUGCUGGGCGUGCUGGCGGACAUGGGGCACGUGCACGCGCUGCAGCGCCUGCUGCGCCUGGCGGUGGGGCUGGGCGCCUACAACGAGCACACCUACGCCUCGGCCUUCCGCGGGCUGUACCGGGCGGGGCGGCUGGGCAUGGCGCUGGCGGCCUUCGAGGAGGCGUGCAGGUCCGGCCGCGACCUGGGCCCUGUGGCCUGCUCCGCGCUGCUGCACGUCAUGAGCCAGGAGCGCAACCUGCGCCUGGCCUGGCAGCUGUUCGACCAGAUGGUGGCGGCGCGGAUGACGCUCAACCGCUACGCCUACAACUGCAUGGCGCACCUGGCCUCGCUGCACGGCGCCCUGGACGACACCCUGCUGCUGUACAACAUGAUGCGCAGCGAGGCGCGACAGCAGCAGCAGCGACACAGGCAGCAGCAGCAGCAGCAGCAGCUGCAGCAGGCGGCUGCUACUGCCACAGCUGGCACUGCUGCCGGUGGCGCUGCUGCGCAGCGGGAGGAGGCGGAGCCGGAGGCGGCCGCCGACGAGUCGGUGGGCGCGGCCUUCAGCGGCAGCCAGGGCGGCCACAGCAGCCACAACGGCGCCGCCUACCGCAGCCACGCCCCGGAGCUCACGCUGGACUGCUCCCCCGACGCCUACACCUACUCCGCCCUGGUCCGCGCCGCCGUCACCGCCGGCCGCGGCGACCUCCUGCCCGCGCUCUUCAACGAGAUGGCGGCCUCCCAGCGCGCCGCCGACCGCGCCGCCGGCCGGCCGCGCCCGCUCGCGCCCGGCGAGGGCGAGGGCCGCCUGGGCCUGAGCACCGAGGUAUGGGGCCACUUCAUCUCCGCCGCCAGCCGCACCGGGCAGCCCGAGCUGGCCAUGCGCUUCUUCGACGCCGGCAUCGCGGAGCUGGGUCUGCUGCCCACCACGCCCAUCUACAACGCCGCGCUCGCCGCCAUGGCCCGCGCCGGCCGGCCGCUGCCCGAGCUCAUGUCGCUCUACCGCGAGAUGGUGGGCGGCUGCAGCAGGCCCCUGCCCCAGCACCAACAACAGCUGCAACAACAACAACACCAGCAGCAGCAGGCAGCGGCUGCGGCAGCGGCAGCGCCUGACGGCGCUGGCGCCGGAGCCUCCGGCGCGGGUGGCGGCGGCUCCGCCGCCACCCGCCUGCGGCGGCGCGGUGCCCGCGCCGCCGCCGCCACCGCCGCCGCCGCCGCAGGCGGCGAGACGGAGGCGGAGCCCAUGGCGGCGGUUGGUGACGCCGCCGACGGCGAGUUGGAGGUUCGGCAGCCGCCGCUGCGGCCGGACGCGUACACGUUCAACGCGCUACUGACGGCGACGGCGCAUGACCUGGCGCCGCUGGCGGCGGUGCACGCGGUGCGCUCCGAGAUGGUCGCACACGGCGUGCAACUCAACACCUACGUCGGCACCUCACUCAUAAACGCCCUGCGCAAGACGCCAGAGCUGAGCCGCGCCGGCGGAGCCGGAGCCGGCGCAGCCGGCGGCUCCGCCGCCGCUGGCGCGGCGGCGGUUGUUUCGGAGGCUGAGGCGGUUAUGUCGGAGUUGGUUGCUGGCGGCGCCGCCAGUGCCACGUCGUACAUCUGCAUGGCAGCGCUGUACGCCUCCGCGCGGCAGCCAGGCGACGUGCUGCGCGUGGUGCGGGAGAUGGUGGCGGGCGGCGUGGUGGCGGACGGCUCCAGCUGGGAGUUCCUGGUGGCGGCGGCGGAGGACGCCGGCCUGUACGGGCUGGUGCCGCAGCUGCAGCGGGCGGCGGAGGCGCAGGCGUGCGCGGCGGAGCAGGCGGCGGCGGCCGCCGCCGCCGAGACGUCGCGGCGGCGGCAGCAGGCCCGGCAGCCGGGGCAGGGGCAGGGGCAGAGGCAGAGCGGGGAGUUGGGCGUGGGUGCGGUGGAGGGGGCGGGCGAUGCGGUGUGGCGUGCGAGUGAGGAGGGGCAGCGGGAGCGGGCGGAGGUGGAGAAGCGGCGGGUGGGGGAGUACUUUGACCGCAUGGGGGCGGAGUCGCGCCAGCGGCAGGACGAGUGGCAGCAGCGCCGGCAGCAGCAGCAACAGCAGCACCGGCAACAGCAACAGCAUUGAGUGGGUGCUAGGAUCUGAGUUUAUGGGAUGGGUAGCACUGUGCUGCAGGUGUUUGGACGCCCUGUGUGAGUUGCGGGUUGUUUGGCACUCUGAAUUGUGUGCAGUCGGCAUUUCAAGGGCAACAUAGGACUGGUAAUCAUGUGGAAGGUAGAACA